GAAAGCCGCUGCUGUCUGUGAUGCUCUCCCAUGACGCCCAGGUCGCUAGCUGACACUGCCAGUGAGCGGGAGACGCCACUGCACAACCGGUCCUGGGCCGGCACAGUCAGCCGGUUCUCGCCCUCCCACUUGCACACUGGAGAUUAAACUCCACCCACCUACCAGUAUCCACAGCCAUCAGCUCCAAUCCACCCAAGUAAGUUCCUUUCAUAAACCAACUCACUGACGUCCUCGGCCAGCACCAGCAGCAGCCAAAAUACGCAGUAUCUUCAACGCAAUCAGCAACACCAGCACAACCAUUAUUAACACCACCAGCAGCAACCAUCAUGUCCAGUCGUAGAAAGUCCUCCACCCCCUGCAUGGUCCGGGUCGUGCAUGAAGAGCAAGAUGACCCUAAUGAGGUAAUGGAUAUGGAAAUAUUGACGGACAACUAUGCGACAGAAAACGAACAAUCAGAAUCAUCCGAAACUGCAGAAGACCUCCAGCAGGAGAACUCAGAGAAACCAGACCAGCAGACGUUUCCAGAAACAGUGGAAACCCAGAAUACUGAGCCAUUAGAACAAACGGAGCAGUUGAGAGAAAAAGACCAACCCCCUGUCAUUGACGAUGAAGAAACCAUAGAGGAGAAGGACAGGGAAGAGGCGGACUCUGACCCGCUGCCUCAGAAAAAAGAGUCCAGAGGCUAUGAAUGCAAAUACUGCCCGUUUUCUACACGGAACCUGAAUGACUUUAAAGAUCACGUAGACUCCAGCCACCCUAACGUCAUUCUCAAUCCGUUGUACCUCUGUGCUGUCUGCAACUUCAACACCAAGAAGUUUGACUCGCUCACAGAGCACAACGAGAGCCAGCACCCGGGCGAGACAAAUUUUAAGUUCAAGCGGAUAAAAAUGAACAAUCAGACUAUCUUAGAACAGACAAUCGAAGGCAAGGACAAUUCAGUUGUAUGCAAAAUGUCAAAUGAACAGGACGACAGCAACAGCAGCUUUAUGUUUCCACCAUGCAUAUCAACCACAGUGAAAAUCCUUGACAAUAUCCAGUCACUGUAUCAAGGGGGGGAACUGAAAAGCCAGAAUCAGAAGAAUCAAAUCACAGCAGUCAACAUCAACGGAACAGUAAUCAUCCCCGAACCCAAUAUCCUUCAACGGCUCUCGCAUGUCACCCCAAUGCUCCAGCGUCCGCCUAACUUUAACUCUGUACCAAAAAUAGCUGUUCCCUUGAACACCACCAAAUAUAACCCUUCUUUAGAUGACAACUUAACGUUAAUCACGUCCUUUAACAAGUUCCCUUACCCAACGCAUGCUGAGCUGUCAUGGCUGACGGCUGCCUCCAAACACCCGGAGGAUCAGAUCAAGGUCUGGUUCACUACCCAGCGGCUGAAGCAAGGCAUCACCUGGUCCCCAGAGGAGGUGGAAGAAGCCAGGAAAAAGAUGUUCAAUGGCACCAUCCCUCCUGCACAUCACACGUUUACUGCCGCUCAACCGUCCGUCAAAUCCACCCAGCAGACCUUUGUCCACACCACAGUCGGACACACAAGUUAUGUCCGGACCACUACGUCCAAUGGGUUGAGUGUAGUCACCACCACAACUUCUCCCGGUGAAGUUGCAAUUGGUUCCAGCCUUGCUAUUAAACGAUCUUUGCCAACACAUCUAAUGACAGUGUCUGGCCCGGAGGCUAAACGGCCCAUAAUGGCAGUUGCCCCCCAUUCUGGCAAUGCUAAAGACAGGGGCCUCAUGGCUCCUCCCCCUCCUCCUCCCCCAAAAGACCGCCUCCCAAUGGCUCCGCCUCCUGUCCCAAUGGAGACGAGGAGACCUGUAGCAGUUCCACUGGUCACCUCUGAGAUGAGGUGGCCAUCCUCAACUGUGCCUUUAAUGCCACCGCCCUCAUCAUCAUCUUCUUUGUUGUCCAAAGGGAAGAUUCUCUCUACGUUAGGAAACACCAAAACAAAGCCAGUGGUGUCCCUGCCCUCCCUAGUCUUUCCAGAAUCUUUAACAAGGACCUUGAUAGUUCCUCCGCCUAUCUUUGCACCUUCAUUUCAAAACCCUUUACUUUUUCCUAUAACUUCGCCUAUCACUUCCAAAGAAAAGCACCUUUAUACUCAUGCUUUGGCAGCUUCUGAUCAGAAGCUGCCAAACUCCCCACCACUCAAUGGCCAGAAGAUAAGAAGGUCAACCAUUAUCCAGUCAAUUCGGGCUCCUACUAAAGCCCUGUCCCAGAUUCCAGGGUUUCCCUUCGAUAGCAAGAAACUAAAAGAGCAACAAGGAUUUGAUUGGAAUAGAGAGAGAGAUAAAGUACUCUAUCCUCUGGCAGAGGCCAACGGGAUAUCUCGUACAGACGGAAAAUGGUCCCACAAUCACAACUCCCUGGCUCAGCAAAAUGGUGUCCUACGUUUGGAUGGUGGUGAGCUGGCUGGAGUCCUGAAACCAGACUUUCAUCAAAAGUCCUCAGUCCUGACCCAAUUCCCCUUGCUGGAAAGGAUGAAAGGAAAGACAGCGGAACAGCUGAAGAUACUGGAGGAGAACUUCUUGAGGAAUGGCUUUCCCACCCUUAAUGAUGUGGAUAAUCUGGCGGGCAGCACCAACUUGUCUCACGGGGAAAUCGAGAGUUGGUUUGUUGAACGCCGUGCACUACGCGACAACCUGGAACAAGCCCUUCUUAACUCCAUGGGCACUAAGAGGAUGGGCACCGGUGGCAUUGCUGCCAUCACUAAGAAGCAACUACAUCAACAACAACACCAAACCCUACAGCUAAAUGGGAUUCACAAGCCAAGCACUGGUGUGGGCCAUCUUAAAAGCCCUUUGACUCCCUCGCAUUCCAUGCCCAUCAUUGCACCCUCCAUCCCCGACCCUAAUUCCUGCUCAGUGCCUCCAGACAGCAGAUCCCAGGCCCUCCUCGAGGACAAUUUUGCUCAAACGCGGUGGCCUUCCCCUGAGGAGAUCAGCCAAAUGGAGAGUCGGACAGGACGCGCUGAAAUUGCCCGCUGGUUCCACGACAGUCGGCUGCAGAGCGGCCACAUGGAGCUGACAGAACUUUUUGUGAAUGGAGGGCAGGGGCAGCCUGUGUACUCUCCCAAAAACUCUCCCCCCAACAUCCUCCAGCGCUGUCAAGAAGGAGCCCUGACAAACAACCACAGCAGUAAGAUGUUGGAGGUUGAGUUGGGCUGGCUGAUGGAUCAGCGUGCCCAUAGCCUCAGCAGUCAACAGCAGGAUGAGCUCCACGACCGGCUUGCUGGCAGACUGAGGCAGCAGAACCUGGUGGAGUUUAAGAACGGGGGACGGAACAGAGGAGUCGGGGGAGGAGUGCGGGAGAUGUUCGGCAGCUGGCUGGAGGACGGACACUCGAGGAGGGGGCGGGAUCUGCUCCUGGACAGAGAAAGGAAGAUGACAGAUGACACAUCUGGGAGGCUGACUGGAUAAACGGUA